AUGCUGGUCCGUUCAUCCGACGUCAUAGUGGUCUCCUCGGACGACGAGUCCAUCCAAGAUUCGUUUGACGGUACUCAGGACCCUGGAAGCAGCAUUCCUCGCCAGAUCAGCUCUCCCUCUCAGGAGCCGAACCGAUGGUGGGAACUGUUGAGCCAGUAUGAUAACGAGGGCCGAAACCAUGAUAAUAGCGGGCUGUUGAUGUCCAGAGGCACGAAACGAAGCUUGCCAAACCAACAAGCAGUGGAAACUGAGGCUUCCGUGGAGUCUCCCGAGGAUGGACUGGUUCUGAAUGGAGAGAGGAAAUCCAAGUACUUUAAUAGACUGCGGCGGUCUGUGCCGCUUGAGCUGGAUACGGACUCUGUGAUUGUGAUUUUGUCGAGUGACGAUGAAGGAGGGAACGCUGGGCCUGAUGCUGACGAUUCAGGUGAAAAGUCACCUGUUCAGGGUGGUUCGCCAGCGUUGGUGGAACCUUUGCCUCCUUCGGAGUCUAUUCGUUCGCCAGAACAAAACGGGACUCAAACUACAGAUCCUCCACGUCAGAUCUUCCCUGAAGGUCAGGUUGUCCAGAACGGCCAUAACGGUCACAGCGAGCUACCUCAGACGCAACAGGAUGCUGAACUGGACUCUGACGAUGAAAUCGCCGUGCUUUCCAAAGAAGAAGCUGAAAGGAUUGGUAAAUUUAAACCUACAACGUUUGAGAGGCCUCCCCCUCCUCCAGACCCGAACCACAACUACCGUGAGCUUUUGGCAAAUACAUCAUUCAACCAGCCUGUGCCGCUGUUACAGCCACCACCUCCACAACAACUAUACUCAUCGGACCCACUGCAGGCACAGCAGGAUAGGAAAGCUCACGAGUACUUUGAUACCCAAAACGUGGACCAACUUACAGCUUACGAUAGUACUCUAGAUGCACAGCUUUCAAGAUUCGACAAGUUAAGAGACGAUAACUUGAACAACAUGCGUGAUGCAAGAGCUCGGAUGGAGAGUCUUUCAUUGACACAGUCUGACGAGAGGUCAGAGUUGAUUAGAGAAAUCAACGUUUCGCUUUCUGACGCCAAUACGGCCAUUCUCAGAGCAAAGAAGAUCAGAAGGUAUAAGAACAUCUUGCACCAUGUUAUCCGCUACAAGAGGCUGAUAUUUCCUAACACGUACCAAAUCCCACUGCAAUCUAGCUUCUUUGGCUACUCAGUGCCUCCAGGCGGCUCCUUACCUAAUCCCUACAACCCACAGGCUCCAUAUGCUCCAUCUCCUAGACCCACACAGCAACCAAUGGGAUAUGGCCAACAAACACAGAAUGUGUAUGAUGACUCUGUACAUCUUCAAGAGCUUUUAAAGGAUGUCGGUAACGAAGAAAAGAUCGAAGGUAUGGCAUUGACGCCUUCUGAACUUAGUGUCCAGUUGCUAGAUCAUCAAAGAAGAGGUUUACAUUGGCUUCUAAAUCGUGAGAAACAAGAGCAGGGAAGUAUUCUUGCUGAUGAUAUGGGUCUCGGUAAGACAGUUCAAACCAUCGCCCUUUUGAUGGCCAACCAGCCUGAAGAUUCGAAUCAAAAAACUACCCUUAUUGUCGGUCCUGUGUCGCUUUUACGUCAAUGGAAUGCCGAACUUCGUGCAAAGAUUAAUAUGGAGCAUAAGCAGAAGGUUGCAUUUUACCAUGGAGCGGAAAAGAAAAAGAUCAACACUUUCAAAAAGAUGCAACGCUUUGAUGUUGUUUUAGUGUCGUAUACUACAUUGGCUUCCGAAUUUAAACUGCAUUAUAGUGUGGCAAUGGAACAGGCAAUGGCUUCACAUGGGCAGAAUGUCCUUCCUUCAUUUAGUCUGGGUGGACAGAGUUACGUCUCGCCGUUUUAUUCUCCAGACUCUAAAUUCUACAGAGUUGUUCUAGAUGAAGCCCAAUAUAUUAAGAACAAGGUCUCACAGACAUCCAAGGCCACUGCGCUUCUAAGAUCAAAACAGCGUCUUUGUUUGACCGGUACGCCAAUGCAAAAUAGCAUUGAUGAGCUUUAUCCAAUCCUUCGUUUCCUUCGAACCAGACCUUAUAAUGAUGAGGUCAAGUUCAAACGUGAUAUUUCUGUGCCCAUACGUGCGAAUGAUGAUAGGGUAGAUGAUUACGAACGAAAUAUUUCCAUGAAGAAGUUAAGAGCUAUUCUCCUGGCAAUCAUGCUUCGACGGACUAAGGACUCUAAAGUCGAUGGUAAGCCAUUGAUGGUGUUACCGAAGAAGACAAUUAAGAAAGUCGUCAUUUCUAUGGAUGGCGAAGAGUCAAAAGCUUACAAAGACUUGGAAGCUGGUAUUCAAAAGAAGGCCGAGAAGCUUCUUAACAGCAAGCACAAGAAUUCCCACAGCAACAUUCUUACCUUGCUUUUACGAUUGAGACAAGCAUGCAUUCAUGAGAUUCUUGUCGAAGUGGGUGAAAUGAAUUCGACAGAGAGAAAUCAAGGCGUUGGAGGAGUUCAAAACUGGAAGACAAUGUAUGCACUUGCACAGAAUUUACCACAAAAUGUGCAACGAAGAAUAUCUGAAGAGUUGAGGAAAGACGGACAAGAUCUUACAGGUGACGCAGAUUAUGUUGAUAAAAGCAAUGUCCAGUUGACCUGCCCAAUGUGUUUUGACGUGGUUGACCAGUCGUCUAUCGUUAUUCUACAUCCAUGUGGACACAUGAUUUGUGAUGGCUGUGUUGAUGGCUUCUUCGAUAGCGAUAGAAACGAUGAUGAUACCGUACCGUGUGUUAUGUGUCGUCAGAAAGUUUCGGAGAACUCCUUGAUCAGCUAUUCCAUCUAUAACCAGGUCGUCAACGAGAGCUUGAACUUCGACGAUUUGAAAGCUCAGUAUGGACUGGGCAGUGCAAGAAAGACAACUACAGGGGAAAAGAUCAACAAAAUUAUACAUGAUCGUGGAGGGUUCACGCUAUCUGCAAAAUUACAGAAGACUCUAGAUAUUAUACGGGAUGUUGUGAAGAACUCUAGUGACGAAAAGAUCAUUGUGUUCUCUCACUUCACUGGCACUUUUGAUCUCAUGUCUAAAGCGCUCCAAGACAGCAAGAUUAAGCAAUUGCGUUACGAUGGUACGAUGAACAUUGAUAUGAAGAACACAGUCAUCAGGCGGUUCUACCAAGGAGAUGAAAGGGUGUUGCUUAUAUCUCUUAAAGCAGGUAAUGUUGGUUUGACGUUGACAUGCGCCUCACAUGUUAUUAUUAUGGAUCCGUUCUGGAAUCCUUUCGUGGAAGACCAGGCUAUGGAUAGAGCACAUCGUUUUGGCCAGCAAAAGCCAGUCACUGUCUAUAAGAUGCUUGUCACCGACAGUGUGGAGGACAGAAUCAUCAACUUGCAAGACCGUAAGAAGGAGCUUGUCAACUCGGCGCUCGACAGUACCGAGUUGAAGAAGAGCAGUGCUCUUGGCAGACAAGAAUUGGGAUACUUGUUCGGUUUGAACAACAUGGGACCUAGGAUUUAA